AUGAAAAGCCGACAUCGCUCAAUUCUCGCUAUUCUAGCAGGGACUACCACUGCCCUAAGUGCCCAGCAACCCUUAGGUGAGGCCGUUCAGCAGCAGACACACACCAAACCCGAAGAAAUAAUAUCUUCCUCGCCUCUUCUAUCCUUCCACCGAAAUAUCGUAGAUAUCCCAUCAGUCAGCGAAUACGAGAAGAACGUCGGAGAAUACAUAAUCGACUUCCUCCAUUCACAAAACCUAACGGUUGAGAAACAAAUCAUCCCUGGAACCGGGAAAGAAAACGAAAACGAAAGAUUCAAUGUAUACGCCUAUAUCGGAGAGGAUAGAUACCCCGAUAUCCUCUUAACAAGCCACAUCGAUACCGUCCCUCCAUAUAUUCCCUACUCCCUGCAUAAUCCAACUAGAAGAAGCGGGACUUUCAAUCGAGAAGAUCUAGUCAUUGCCGGUCGCGGCUCAGUAGAUGCCAAAGGAAGCGUCGCAGCCAUCAUCUUUGCAGCUCUAGAGACUAUCAAAGAGAGUCCCAACGCGUCAGUUGGUCUAUUAUUCGAUGUCGGCGAAGAACAGUCUGGUGCAGGAAUGAGACAUUUCUCUGAUUCAGACCUUAAUCUGACUCCACCAACUUAUCGCACUAUUAUAUUUGGUGAGCCUACCGAACUCAGUCUCGUUGCGGGACAUAAGGGUGGCAUACGAUUCAAGCUUAUUGCGAAUGGAAAAGCUGCACACUCGGGAUAUCCGUGGUUAGGCAAAAGUGCCAUCUCGGCGAUUUUACCUGUUCUUCAACACCUUGAGGAGCUUGAGGAUAUUAGUUUCGAAGAUGGGGGUUUACUCAGUAGUGAACUGUUUGGGAAAUCGACGCUGAAUAUCGGGUUGUUGAGUGGUGGACUAGCGGCGAAUGUUGUUCCUGCUUAUGCCGAAGCGACGGUUUCUGUUCGUCUUGCUGGUGGGUCGACAAAUGAUACUAGAAGGAUCAUUCAGAGGGCCGUGGAUCGCGUUACUAAGGGGGAUGGGAGUGUGGUUGUUGAUUUUGGAGAUUUGGAGGGUGGUGCAGCACCUCAGUAUCUUGAUGUGGAUGUUGAUGGAUUUGAUGUUAUUACGGUGAACUACGGGACUGAUGUUUCUUCGCUCGAUAUUCAUGAUGAGGGGGUUAAGAAGGUUAAGAGGUAUCUGUAUGGUCCUGGAAGUAUCAAUGUUGCUCAUGGUGACAACGAGGCCAUUACUGUUGGUGAGUUGGAAGAGGCCGUGAAAGGAUAUAAAAGGCUCAUUUCGGCUGCUUUGGAGAAAGAUUCGAGAUAA